AUGCUGUUUGUCCUGGAUGAGAAGUUUGGCAUCGUGAAGGGCACCAUGACCACCACCCACUCCUACACCGGCGACCAGCGCCUGCUGGACGCCUCCCACCGCGACCUGCGCCGCGCGCGCGCCGCCGCGCUCAACAUCGUGCCCACCACCACGGGCGCGGCCAAGGCCGUGGCGCUGGUGCUGCCCAAGCUUAAGGGGAAGCUGAACGGCAUCGCCCUGCGCGUGCCCACCCCCAACGUGUCGGUCGUUGACCUGGUCAUCCAGGUUGAGAAGAAGACCUUCGCUGAGGAGGUGAACGCGGCGUUCCGCGAGGCGGCCGCUGGCCCCAUGGCCGGUGUCCUGGCCGUGGCCGACGAGCCCCUGGUGUCGGUGGACUUCCGCUGCACCGACGUGUCCACCAGCAUCGACUCGUCCCUGACCAUGGUCAUGGGCGACGACAUGGUCAAGGUGGUCGCCUGGUACGACAACGAGUGGGGCUACUCCCAGCGCGUGGUCGACCUCGCCGAGCUCACCGCCCAGAAGUGGGAGUGA